UGCUGUUUUUGCUGCUAGAACCCGAUUCAUGCUUCUACACUUAUAGUUCUUUUGGAGAUAUUCCGCACCGGCUCGAGAAGCAAUCGCAAUUGAUCCGUUUCGAGAUUCGAUUCUAUACAAUUAAUACGACAAUUGAUACGCUGUUUAUCUUUUCUGACUUUGUUACUCUUUUGUUUCUACUUCUUUAAAUGAUUUACACACUAUGACGGCACCGACAAUGCAGCAGCCAAUCAUCCCCCCUCGUCCGUCCAAGAGCCCGGCCAAAGACCUCGCGGCCGCCAGUCCUACUCCCCUGAUUCCGCCACGGCCGACAAACAAACGAAUCGAUCGCUCAAAGUCCCCCAACCCCGAUCGAUUCGCCCAAUCGCCCUUCACCGAUGGCGCAAUUACUGUGAGCCCUCUUGGGUCCAAGCUUAGCCCCAGCUUCUCCCCUGGGGCCUCUGGCGAUGCCAUUGAUCACGCCGAGAGUGUGCCGAUGCCCUCUGUUGGAGAAGAGGGCCUGGAAUACAGCGUCAUCACCUCUGAGCUGCAAGGACAGGGCACCGAGGAUGCAGAGCAGACUCGCACUGUUGCCCAGGACCUCAAGCUUCACGCCCCUAAGCCGUCUCUCCCGGCAGCGAGCGCGAAAGAGCGGGUUAUGAACGUCACUCGCACCGACUCCGACAGGGCCGCCUCAUUUGGCAUCGGAAAGCCUGGAUAUCUUGAAGGCCGCUCAACCUCUCGCAACGGCCUGAGGAAGAAGUCUAGCACGACUCUCUCUGUUACCAGCGAGCAAGACCAGCAGCUUGAUGACGAGCAUGGCAUUCCCGAGAUUGGGCAGCGAGUUCCCAUGAAUCCGCACCUCGGAGAUGUCCAAGCGCCAUCGCCUGCUCCGACUGAUGGAAACGGCAAACACCAUAACCGCAAGCUUAGUUCGCGUGGUCUGCCCCCGGGAAGCUAUGGAAUGCACGGCCACGGGGUUGUGCCUCAAGAUGAGCUUGACAAGGCUUAUUACAAGAAGCAUCCUGAAGUGAUGCAGCGAGAGCAUCAUACCCCGCUGCACGAUCAUCGCCAGACCGACUUUGCUCUGAGCAGCAGUGAUCUCAAUAAGCUAGUCCGAGACACGGCCAACCGUAAAUCUAUAGACUUCAAUGAACAACAUGGAACCCCCAACGAAGAAGUUGCGUUUCAAGCUCACGAGGAAUAUGCCAGCCGCAUGGCCACCCCGCGUCCAGCUUCGAUGGUUCUGGAUACAGGUGCACCAUCGGAGGACCCCGAUGCAUCUGAGAAUAAGCCUAUUCAUGUAGACGACCCCAAGCAUCCCGAACACUACUCCUAUGGCGCUGAAAGCCCGGUUGAGGCCCGCGGGGACGAGUUUGAGGCGCCGAUCCUGGCUGCCGAUGAGAUUGAGAAGGAUGCUAGGCGCCCUGCUCAGCAGCCAGCCAUUCGACCUCACCUCGACCGCAACGGUAGUUCGUAUGAUGGCACAAGUCGUCCUACAAGCCGUCCUACCAGUCGACCCACGAGUGUUUACAACGCCCACUGUCUCGACUUUGACCACACUCCUUUGGAAGAUGUUCGCGAAUACGAGCCUUUGUUCCCCGAUGAAGCCGCCAAGAAGGAGGAGGAAAGGCGUGAAAGCAAAGACGGAUCAAAAGCGCGUCACUAUUUCCCUAGCAAAGAUGUUUGGGAAGAUGCACCGACCAGCGUUCACUACACCGCGGAGGUCUCAACUCCUGACAAUGUAGAUGAAAAUGCAGAGGAAGACGCUCAACGAAGGAAGUCGUCAACGCAUCCUGAGAAUCGCCCCAUGACCCCGGCUCAAAUGUUUGCCAUGCAACAAGAAGAGCUCGCCGAAAAGGAAGCAAACGGCAAGAAACACAACUUCCUACCCAUCUUGGAGCAGCCAAAGCCUACUUGGGUCGAUCACCAACCCCAUCUGAAAGGUGGCAAGUCAAGUACAGGUCAUCGAUUCCCCAGUAAAGAUGUGUGGGAAGAUACUCCAGAGAGUCUUCUUCAUGAGGCAGAGGUGGAGGAAAAGCCAAAGAGCGAGAACAAGCCUGAAGUACCCGCCCGACCUUCCAAGAAGCUAUCCGAACUGCUUUCACAUAAGCCUGCCGUUCCUGAUCGCCCAAAGUCAACUAGACAGCUCAGCGGGGAAGAUGCGCCCAAGCCGGUGAUACCUACUCGACCUGUUAAAAAAGUUUCGGCCGACUCAAAGGAUGGAGAGCUUUCCAAACCGAAGCCCCCAGUUCCCUCUCGCCCUGCUGGGGGUAAGAUUGCCGCUCUGCAGGCUGGCUUCAUGAGCGAUUUGAAUAAGCGUCUGCAGCUUGGACCGCAGCCUUCGAAGAAGGAGGAGACUGAAAAGAAUGAAGCUGUAGAGGAUAAGGAUAAAGUCCUACUGUCUGAUGCUAGAAAAAGUCGGGCUAGAGGACCACAGCGUCGCGCACCGACUAAGAGCUCGGCCCCAGCUCCUGCUGCUACAUCAACGAAGGAGCCCGCUCCUAUCACGCUAUCCUUCUCACAGCCGCAGACAAUUUGGAACAUUGACCCUGAUCAUGGCGACGUCCAUGUUGCUUCUGACUCACUCGAGGUCCCUGCAAAGGACGUUUCUGAAACCGGACUAGAAGCAGAGAAACUGCCUCCGAUAGAGAAUGAGAAGCCUGCCGAGGUAGAAAAGCCUAAAGCAGAAGAGGAGAAAGAGACGGAGCCUGUCGCAAAGGUGGUAGAACCUGAAGCCCCCAAGGAACCUGUUGAGCCCGCUGCUUCAACCGAGCCUGCACAGUCCGAGACUGUGUCAGAGCCCAAACCUUUGGCUGAAUCUGAAGAACCAAAGGUCCUUGAGAGCGCCAAAGAGCCCGAAAUAACCAAGGAGCCUGAAGAAAUUAAGGAGCCAGAAGAAAUCAAGGAGCCAAGCGAGCCCGAGAAGUUAGAAGAAGUCAAGAAACCGGAAGAGCCAGUAAAGGAAGAAACACUCGCGGCAAACAUGGCUGGCGAAAGCAUCUUGGAGGCCAAAGUGGAACAACAGAACGAUGAUACACAGGAGAUAGAACCUGUUAAAGUUACAGACGAGGUGAAGGCUUAGAGUAGGAGUGUUGGAUGUGCCGGGGCCUAUUUUUGUCUUGUGCACGGAUCUACCGAUGAGACUGGCUUCUUGGUUUCUGUGCAUUCUAGCUACAUCAGGGUCUCGAAACUUCAAAGUCAUGACACUCAUACGGGGCUUUAUUUCACUCUUUUAACAUAAUGAAUAAGAUCUUCUUUUCUGUCUUAAGAAAAACAAGAAAAUUUGCAAAUUUGAGUGAGAUGUGUACUCUAUAAAUGACACAUGCACAUGAAUACAUAUAAUACAUAAGCAAGACUAGCUAGUUUGUAAAUGUCUCAGCUAUUUUCUGCUCCACGAGCUCCUCUCCUGACCCUGGCCCUCGCGCUCUCUCUCUAGUAACCGGUCAAACUCUUGCUGAGCUUGCCCUUUGGCCAAGUUCUUCUCCUCGUCGGCGCUCGAGAAUGAAUAGCUCUCUCGCGGGGCUGAUCCUUGGUACUGCGCACCUGAUUCAGCCUCUGAUCCCCAUCCGCCUCCUGACUGAGGCUUCUCCCACGUCUUGCGAUUUUGCUGAGAAGGCUGGUAUUGAGCUUGUUGUCGGAUGCGGUCCCACGCCGAGCCGCUGGAAUUGUUUGAGGCAUCUGAGCGAUUUCUUGCUGCGGGUGCGACGGGCGAGGCGUCAUCAAAGUCGUCUGUAAAUGAAGAAUCCCACGCAUCAGAUUGCUGUUGUUGCGGUUGGGGCUGUGCGGACGGUGUCGCGGGGCUGCGAUAUGACGUCCAGGCGGAUUGCGUUGGUGCAGCUGGAGCCUUUUGUUCAGAUUCGGCAUCUCUAUAUUGUUGAUUCGUAUUCUCAUACUGCGCUGCCGACUCCCAUUCGUCGCGAAUCUGCUCGCGAGCUUCCGGAUUGCCUCCUAGCAGCGUAGCGCCCUGGGCCCCUCCAUCAUGUAAGAGCGCUCGCAGCCUAGGAUCCGCCUCCAUCUCUCGACGCUGUCGCAUGAAGUUUGCGCCUUGAAAGACCGGCUCGCCAAGAACCCAGAGGGUUCCGUAAUAUGCGGCGAAGCGGGCGCUAUGCCACAUGAACUUGAGGCCCGGGCUGCCGCCGAUGGGGCUGAAGCGCUUGAAUUCCGGGUUGAAGAAGGGGAAGCGCCACGUCUUGCGGCCGCGGUAGGCCAUGUAGCCCGCGAAGCCGGUCAUUGCCCAUUUCCACGCGAGCAGGUUGUGCACGCUCGACAGAAAGUGCUCCGUGAGGGCCUGCGUCUCUUGGUCCUCAAAGGCGCGGUUGUUGACGGCGGCCAGGGACAGGACGG